AAAAUUUGACCUGCUACUGUUACCAGUACGCCCAGUGCCAGCAGAUAGAAACAGCACUCUAAAUGAUGACAUUGCCCUUUGCCCAACUGCCAAGUCAUCCGACAUCUUCCAGCCCCGGCAACCCCAAUGGUCUUCUUUUAUAGGCUGUUAAUAUUCCUCGCCAUAUGAAUGGUUGAUUACCCUCCAAUGGCCAGACCAUGUUUUCGCCACUAACUAUCUCAUUCCUUCAAUGCGUCUGGUCUUCAGGCCUGUUCUGUACAUUGGCAAUCAGUCGAUCAACUGCCCGAAGAAGAACGUGGCUGUGUUAUUCAGGCCGGCGCGGGAUUACCGUUAGAAGAGCUGUUGACGGAAAAAGACAUUAACGACAAUUGCGGCCGUAGGUGGACUGAAAGAUCUCAGAUACCUGUUUGUCCAUCUUGACCAGAGGCUGGACUGUCCGAAAUAGAAGAGGAUGUUUUCUCGGCUCAGUGAAGGUUUGGGAAUAUAAUGAACCGGGAGUUGUGUCUCGAGGACCGCACUCACAGAUGCUGCGACAAAGGAGUAUUGUAAAUAUAUUGACACUUACACAUGUACGGACGUUGAGGUUCGGCAGUCAGUAACUUUACUCCCAAUGUUCUCAAGCCUUGUGUUGUAUCCGUUGUUUCUGUGUUCACGCGGGACGCUUACAUAGGAAGGAAGCUUGUGUUAAUGAUUUAUACAUCUAUAUAUACCCUGUACAAUAUUUGAUUACCUUCACCUGGUACUUGAUAACAACAAUGUCAUAGACGAGAUGCGGGUCAAUGAAGCCCUUCGUGGAGGAGAUCGAUGAGCCUGCAUUCAACUGUGUAUUUACACAGUGUCGAGACUCGAGGUAUUCUUCACGAACCCUGAGGCACACGCCACGCCUUAUCUAACGUGCCAGGUGUUGGAGAUAAAAUACAGGCUUCAUCAGACAGUAGCUCUUUGAUGUGUGGCGGUACACAAUAGUUGGCAGAACAUAGAUCGUCAUUUGUGCAUGUCAUUGCAAACUUCGCAACAGUGUGAGUUGAAACGGAUUACGGAAUAGUGUUCAUGGAUACGGGAUGAACCAUGAAGACAGUGUCAGGAGCUGACUGGAUAUUUGUUACUUUCAUCAUUACGGGGGCAUUGGCAGACACGGUAGUUGCCCUCCAGUGUUGGCACUGCAUCGCGGACAACUGCGACAUCAACCCCUCGGAGAACUACAAGGCCACAAAGAAGGUGUGUCAACCCAACCAGUGCUGCCAGAAGGUGAUUUUCGAGAUGUACAGCCCAACAGACAACACGAAGUACAAGUCGACAGUUCGAAGCUGUGCCGGGGAAUGCGACUCUCACGACGACUUCGAAAACUGCACAGAUGAUCAGUACACGACCCGAGGUUGCGUGACUAAGACCUGUUGUGAUAACCAGGACAUUUGUAAUACGGCGACUACGUAUCGUACGUACAGUACGUGGAUAACAGCUUGCAUACUCUUCUCCCUAUUUGUAUUGUUCAUCCCAGCUGUUGUCACAAGUCGGUGCUUCUAG